CCAGUCUGUCCAUCACAGCCCAGCGCUCACCUGAGAAGCGAGCUGCUGGGGUUCGGCAAGCGGACUCCUGCGCUGUACCUGAGGGUUGGACCUGGGCUGGCUGCAGCUCAGGCGUGGGUUCUGAGAUUGAAAGUGAAGGCAAAUGGAUGUUGGUGAGUACCCCAUGGCAACAAUUGCUUCGGUUCAUUGGUCCAGCGUCAACUGUAACCUGGAAGCCACCUUUAGUGAUUUUUGUAGGUCAGUCCUGCUUCUGGGAUCCUACUUUAUGUUGUGGUUAAGAAAUGCUUCACACCACUCAGAUCGAGUCACAAGACAAAUGUACUUACACUGUAAAUAAAGAUUUCCGUGGAUGUGAAGAAUGAAGAGGAAUCACGUCUCUGCCGUGAAUAACGCUGUCUGGUCUUCACCAGUGGUGAAGCAACCCAGACGUGGGCUCCGCCCUUCUCUCCCCGACGUUCAUGAGCUCCCUGCUCUUCCAGACUGGGAGACUCUACCGCAGAACGUGAUAUUACAUAUCUUCCAGUAUCUCCCUUUAAUAGACCGAGCCCGCGCAUCUUCUGUGUGUAGGAGCUGGAAUGAAGUGUUUCACGUUCCUGAUCUCUGGAGGAAGUUUGAGUUUGAGCUGAACCGGUCAGCCACUUCCUAUUUUAAGUCCACUCACCCUGAUCUCAUUCAGCAGAUCAUCAGGAAGCACGCUGCACACCUGCAGUAUGUCAGCUUGAAGGUUGAUAGUAGUACUGAGUCAGCAGAAGCUGCCUGUGAUAUUCUUUCUCAGCUGGUAAAUUGCUCCAUCCAGACCCUGGGGUUGAUCUCAACAGCCAAACCAAGCUUUAUGAAUGUGCCAAAGUCUCACUUUGUGUCAGCACUUACGGUUGCGUUUGUCAACUCAAAGUCGCUAUCGUCAGUUAAGACUGAAGAUGCGCCUGUGGACGAUCCCCCACUGAAGAUUCUCGUGGCCAACAAUAGUGACACUCUGCGACUUCUAAAAAUGAGUAGCUGUCCUCAUGUUUCAUCUGAUGGGAUCCUCUGUGUGGCAGACCACUGUCAGGGCCUCCGAGAACUGGCGUUGAAUUACUACAUUCUGAGCGACAAGCUGCUCCUUGCGCUGUCGAGUGAGACUCACGUGAACCUCGAACAUCUCCGAAUAGAUGUUGUCAGUGAAAACCCUGGGCAGAUCCAGUUCCACUCUAUUAAAAAGCACAGUUGGGACGCACUGAUGAAACACUCUCCGGGGGUCAAUGUUGUCAUGUACUUCUUCUUAUAUGAAGAGGAACUUGAGACAUUCUUCCAAGAAGAGACCCCCGUCACUCACGUUUACUUCGGGCGUUCAGUGAGCAGGGCCAUUCUAGGCCGGAUAGGUGUGCACUGCCCACGGCUGGUUGAGUUAGUGGUGUGUGCCAAUGGCCUUCAGCCCCUGGACAGUGAACUUAUUGGCAUUGCUGAGCACUGUCAAAACCUGACAGCCUUGGGCCUGAGCGAGUGUGAGGUCAGCUGCAGCGCGUUCGUCGAGUUUGUAAGACUCUGUGGCCAAAGGCUCACUCAGCUGUCAAUCAUGGAGGAGGUUCUGGUCCCUGAUGACAAUUACACCCCAGACGAAGUUCACACUGAAGUCUCUAAGCACCUGGGAAGAAUGUGGUUCCCGGAUGUGAUGCCCAUCUGGUAACCAGUUGCCGAAGGUUCCGAAUUUUCUGUUAGGAUUAGCUGUUGUCUGUCCAUGUAAAUGUAAUUUUUGAGAUGAGCCACUGAACUGUGUUAGGUUAAGUAUUUGCUGUUUGCCAACUCUCUUAAUUGGUUGCUGUAGAAUCAUUUGAAAACAAUAGAGAAAAUUUAAAUAGCCAGAAGUCUUUGUCAGUAGGACACAGACAGGCACUGUGUGUUUAUUAGAGGGUUGGUAGGGUAGACUACAGGUGUCCAAGGCUGAGAGAGACUUCGAUUUCUCAACCUUUGGAGGCAUGUUUAGCUUACUAAGAAAUUUAUGUUAAAUUUAUAAUUAAUAUGUAAUUACAAUUUACAGUAUUAGAUCCCUUUAAAUUAUGUAUUUUUAUGUUACAACCUUAUGUUUUGAUUUCAUCUGUUUCAUUUGUGGCACUUCCAAGGGGAAGUCAUCCUUGGCACCUUCCCAGCUCCUGGGUCAGACCCUUCUCUCACAUCCUGAGUACUCUGCUCUCUUUUGUAACGCCCACUGCUGUGCUGUGUAUGAUUUGCUUGUCUCAUUAUGACCUGUGCACUUCAUUGUACCAUAAACUCCCCGGUACAAGAUCACUGCUCUGUGUGUGAGUGUGUGUGUGUGUGUGUGUGUGUACAGUUAUUAGAAGUCAGCUUUCAAAAAGAGAAACAUGCUUAUUAUUUUUCAGUUUUGAGUCUAUUUCAUUAUGAAAAUGUGAGUAUCCUCACCUAUUACGCAAUUAGGAUGCACUGUAGUUUGUAAACAGUUUGGAAGUAGACUGUCCUUCCUCAUUCAUUCUCAUGGUGAGCUCUGAGACAGGUGACUUACAGUCACGUGUGUUCCUCGCUCUUAGAACUGUGUGUUGUCUUGGGUAACAAUACUAAAACCUUUCUCGAGGUCAGAGUUCUUAGUAUUGCAGAUAAUAUCAUUUAUACCUAAGACCCAGAAAGGUGUGCCGUAAUUGAAAACUUGAAAUCUAAUCAGGGUAACGACACCAGAGGCAUAAGAGAAAUGGCUUCACUACGAUGGAGCUAGGGUCAGGGUAAUGGAAAUACUGAGUAGAUAAACCUAUAACCUCGCUUGCUGUUGCCUUAGUGAGAUAAUGUUGUGCAGACCUGCUAGCAAGGUGACUGGGUGCCAGUGGUGUGCACACCUUCAUAGCGAGGUGACCUGGCCCCAGUGGUGUGCACACCUGCAUAGCGAGGUGACUGGGUACCAGAGGUGUGCACACCUGUAUAGCAAGGCGACCAAUUGCCAGUGGUGCUUGCCCUAGAGGCUAAGGGAGCAGAAUGUUGGGAUUAGAGAAGAGACACCAAGGAAUGGUUCUCCCUACAGCCGGUUGCACCAGAAGAGGAAGACACUGGGCCCUUCGAGAAGUAUGAGACGCUAUGUUCUAAGUAGAGCUUUUUAGGGGCUCCUGUUGGAACCUCAUGAACUCAACGCUGUAGUGAGUCGCGGUGAUUGACGUUUAUUAAUUCAUGUCCAUUCCCCCUGGUCGGUCACCUCCUGGGUUAGUGAAAGGAAGGGCAAAAGAUUUUAAAGACAGCUGAGAACAAUACAAGAAAAUGCUGUGUCUGUAGUGUCUCUGCAUGGAUGCCUCCGAUGUUCUUUAAGGAAGCCCGUGAGUUCUGCUCUGCCUGUGGUCAGAGGACCUGGCUGGAUGAGUGCGUUUCGUACAGAUGGGUCAUAAACGUUAGUGUUGAGAGCAUUUUAGUCCUGUUUGCAUGCCUGUUCGCGUUAAAAUACUUGUGUUUGUUGGAGGAUU